GUCAGCAGAAGUUUGUCUGAGUUCAGGCCUGGCCUUUCCCUUGUCAGUUUUACGUUCGUACGUGAUCCUAGCAACGGUCAGUUAAUCUUCUAGCACAUUUAGCGAAUCUGAAUGGUCGACAAAGUUAACCUAGACGGUUUGGCACCGUGAAUUUGAGCGUUUAUUUUAGAUUCACAUCUAAUCUAGAUAGUUCUUCGCUGGGGGAUCUUUCAAUCCUUCGCUGGGCGUCAGUUACAGAUCCGACCUUUUCGCAAGAUCUCGACAUUAUGAACGGAGUCGGAGCCGGUGCUGCUCAGGUGGGAGGGGGUUUCGGUGGUCAGGGUAGACCGGAUUUCCCGCGCGCUUCAGCUGUCGACACUCAGGGAGAGAACGUUCAGCGAAGCUUCUUCGACUUCCUGCAGACAACGGAGCAGAGGGUUGACGAGCAGGAGGAGGAGGAGGACGGGCCAAUGGUGCGCGAGUACGUGGCGCAGUUAAGGUCCAUGGUGCAGUACGGCAAGACGAGCAUGUACGUCGACUUCGCCACGCUCAUGGCGCACAACCAGGCGCUCGCCACCGCCGUGCUUGAGGAAUUCUACAGGUUUGAGCCGUUUCUGCGCAAGGCAGUGCAGAUGUUUGUGCAGGUGCACGAGCCCAAGUACGUGAUGGACGAGGGCAAACCCAAGGAGUUCUACCUCGCCUUCUACAACCUCCCCGUCAUCCACAAGCUGAGAGAUAUGAAGGUGGAAGUGCUAGGCCAGCUAUCUGCAGUCAGCGGUGUGGUCGUCCGAACCUCCGAGGUCCGGCCGGAGCUGCUGUACGGCACGUUCCGAUGCUUGGAGUGCGGCUCAGUGCAGCGGAACAUAGAGCAACAAUUCAAGUACACGCAGCCCAUCAUAUGCAGUAACGCAGCGUGCUCUAACAGAGAAAAAUGGGCCCUAGAGCGCACAGAGUGCCAGUUUGUGGAUUGGCAGAGAGUCAGAGUACAGGAGAACGCAGACGAGGUUCCUCCAGGGUCCCUCCCCCGCACUCUAGACGUGAUUCUCAGGCACGAGUUAGUCGAGCAAGCGCGUGCCGGCGACAAGUGCAUCUUUUCAGGGACUUUGGUGGUUGUGCCUGACGUGGCGGCGUUGACUCGGCCGGGGGAGAGGCAGGAGGCACAGAGGUCGAAGCAGCAGGGGGACGGGAGAGGGGGGGAGGGCGGGGGAGGGGGGGAGCUGUUGGGCGGAGGGGGAGGGGGGGCGGGGGGAGGAGCUAGUGAGGGGGUGCGGGGGCUGAAGGCGUUGGGGGUGAGGGAUCUGUCGUACCGGUUGGCUUUUCUGGCGUGUUCUGUGCAGUCAGGGGAUCAGGAGAAGCAGCUGGUAAAUAUCAGGGCGGAGGACGAGGAGGGAAGUGCGGUGGCCUCAUUUACGCCCGAGGAGAGGGAGGAGAUGGCUCGCAUGAGGGCUGGCGGCAACCUGUAUGAGCGCCUGGUGGCGAGCGUCGCACCUUCAGUGUACGGGCAUGCGGACAUCAAGCGUGCCAUCCUGCUGAUGCUGUUUGGGGGCGUGCACAAGAAGACCCAUGAGGGCAUCAACCUCAGGGGCGAUAUCAACGUGUGCGUCGUGGGGGACCCCUCGUGCGCCAAGUCCCAGUUUCUCAAAUAUGUGGCUGGAUUCUUGCCCCGUGCGGUAUAUACCUCUGGCAAGUCCAGCAGUGCGGCGGGCCUGACAGCUUCCGUGGUUAAAGAGCCAGAGACAGGGGAGUUCUGCAUUGAGGCUGGGGCUCUGAUGCUGGCUGAUAACGGCAUCUGCUGCAUUGAUGAGUUUGAUAAGAUGGAUAUAAAGGAUCAGGUGGCUAUUCACGAGGCCAUGGAGCAGCAGACCAUCUCCAUCACCAAGGCGGGCAUCCAAGCCACGCUCAACGCCCGCACGUCCAUACUCGCCGCUGCCAACCCCACUGGGGGCAGAUACGACCGCUCCAAACCCCUUAGGUACAAUGUCGCACUCCCACCAGCCAUCCUGUCCCGUUUCGAUCUGGUGCACGUGAUGCUCGACACACCGGACCCGGUCCACGACUACUCCGUGGCGCGCCACAUUCUGAGCGUGCAUCAGAGCCGGGACAGAGCCCUGCAGCCAGAGUUCUCAACCCUGCAGCUGCAGAAAUACAUAAAGUUUGCACGCUCCAUCCGACCAGAGAUCUCAGAGGACGCCAAGACCCGCCUGGUGGAGGCCUACGUCUCCUUGAGACGGGGUGACGCAGCCCCGGGGUCGCGGUCCUCGUACCGAAUCACGGUGCGACAGCUGGAAGCGCUCGUGCGGCUGUCAGAGGCCCUGGCUCGGCUGCACCUGGACUCACAGGUGAAGCCAGCUCAUGUGCGCGAAGCCAAGAGGCUGCUGAGCACAUCGAUCAUAAGCAUUGACAGCCAUGACGUGGACUUGGAGGACGAGGGGCGAAUGAGGAGGGGGAGGAGGGCAUGGAAGACAUGCCGGGGGAGAGGAGGAGCAGGAGAAGAGGCAUCAGGAGGAAGGGAGGGCAUGGAGACAGAUGGGAAUGGGCAUGCAGGGGAAGGCGAUAGGAGUAAAGAGGGUGAGGCAGGGGUGGGGGGGCAUGAUGAGGCCAUGCGAGAGGGUGAGGGGCAAGGGGCAACGGCCAACGGAAAGGCCAAGGAAAGGGAUGAGGAGGAAGGGGACGCAGCAGAGGGGAGCCAGAAGAAGACGAAACCUGCCGCCCCUCUGCGAGUGCCGUACGACAAGCUGCAGCGAGUGACGGCGCUCCUUGUCACGUAUAUAAGACAAAAGGAGGCGGAGGAAGCUUCCGAGGAAGCUUCACUUGCAGCAGAUGAACCAGCCACUGCAGGCGAGGGGCGAUGUGAUGCGGUGGUACAUGGAGCAGCAGAGCCAGGCCGGUGCUGUGGACUCGGUUGGCAAUCUCUUGACUGAGUUCCGAGUGCUGCGAUCGAUCAUCCAGCAUCUGAUUCGUCGGGAGGGUGUGCUGCUGAUUCUAGACGACGGGACAACGGCCGUGGAAGCUGCUAAGAAGCAGCGGGAGGAUGCAAUUGCUGCUGCAGAAGCAGCAGGGGAACCACUUCCGACUUUUGACAAACCUCUGCCCACGGCCCUGGAGGAACGGGUGCUUGCUGUGAACCCCAACUAUGUCCAAGAAUAACUUUUGAGUUAGGACUCAACAUUACUUUCGACAAGCCUGCCCACGGUCCUGGAGGAACGGGUGCUUGCUGUCAAACCCAACUACUUUCAAGAAUGAAGCAUUCUAAUGACUGCUGCAGAAGCAGCAAACAGACCACUCCCGACUAGGGAGGAAUGGCCGCUUGUCCCAAGUAUGUUCAAAAAUAAGCUCCCGCAGCUUUAGUAGUGCUGUGGUCAAAGCAGCACCGGGUUUACAUACCUAAUUAGGAGUGCCAAGGUUCUGCUAA